CCUGGAUUUGGGACCAAAGCCACAAUGAGCACCUACUUCCAGUACCCGACCCCUGAGCUCCAGGAGGAGCUGAAGAAGAUCGCCCAGGCGAUCGUCGCUCCAGGCAAGGGUAUCCUUGCUGCAGAUGAGUCCACGGGUACUAUGGGAAAGCGUCUCCAAGACAUCGGCGUUGAGAACACCGAGGAAAACCGCCGCAAAUACCGCCAACUUCUCUUCAGCACUGAUCCCGCCAUCUCCGAGAACAUCUCCGGCGUGAUCUUAUUCCACGAGACCCUGUACCAGAAGGCUGAUGAUGGUACUCCAUUGGUGGCCCUCCUCGAGAAACGCGGCAUCAUCCCCGGCAUCAAGGUCGACAAGGGUGUAGUACCACUCUUCGGCUCUGAAGACGAAUGCACCACACAGGGCUUGGACGAUUUGGCCCAACGUUGUGCCCAAUACAAGAAAGAUGGCUGCCACUUCGCCAAGUGGCGUUGCGUGCUCAAGAUCGGCCGUAACACACCUUCGUACCAGGCUAUCAUGGAGAACGCGAACGUUCUUGCACGCUACGCUUCUAUCUGCCAGAGCCAGCGCAUCGUUCCUAUUGUUGAACCCGAAGUGCUGCCCGAUGGUGAGCACGAUUUGGACCGUGCCCAAAAGGUGACCGAGCAAGUUCUCGCCGCUGUUUACAAGGCUCUCAGCGAUCACCACGUGUACCUCGAGGGUACACUCCUCAAGCCAAACAUGGUGACCGCCGGUCAGUCUUGCAAGAAGACCUACACUCCAAUGGACAUCGGACGCGCUACCGUCACCGCACUUCUUAGGACCGUGCCUGCUGCAGUUCCUGGAGUCACAUUCCUCUCUGGUGGUCAAUCCGAAGAGGAGGCCUCAGUGAACCUGAACGCCAUCAACACUGUUGACCUCAAGAGGCCGUGGGCCCUCACCUUCAGCUACGGUCGUGCCCUUCAGGCCUCCGUACUUCGCGCCUGGGCUGGCAAGCAAGAGAACUUGCUCGCUGGACAGCAGGAGUUGCUUAAGCGUGCUAAGGCUAACGGUCUCGCUGUACGAGGGAAAUACGAAGCAGGGUCAAUUCCAUCGCUCGCGUCUGCCAAAUCUAAUUUUAUCAAAUCACAUGCUUACUAAAAAUACUAAAAUUAGAUUGUAUCUAUUUAAUGGUACUUCCGUUUUAUAUUGUUCGCGAAACUUUGUGAAUCUAAAUGUACCUAUGAUAAGAUGUCUUUCUAUUUAAAGACUAUUGUGUUAACGAUACAACUGCUAUAAGUCUUGCUACAUAUUUUUUUUAAUUGAAUAAAAAUAAAUAUGACAACUUAAUCAAACUAUCUUUCUCAAGGCUAAUGUUUUAAUGAUAUCACUGUUAUUAGUCUUGCCACAAUUUAAUAAUUAUUUUUUAGACAUGACAUAUGACGACCUACUACAAAACGAUAUUUAUCUACCAUAAGGUACGAUAUCGCUCGAAUCAUGGCAACUCAGCAGAUAAAUAUGAAUACCCUACUACUUAAGGUUUUAAUUUGUAUUAUAAUAAAAAUACUAAUCUUAAAAUUUAAAUUAAUCCAUACAAAUUUAAUGUCAAAAAAAAGGUUUUUUUUACGAGUAACAUACAGAUUUUAUUCGGCCUAAAACAUUUGGUGUGCCCAAUUUUUUUAUUAACAUUUAGUUUGUAUGAGAUUGAGCGGAUCAUUCUAAGUUGGUCACAGGCUUGUUUUAUAUUUGUGUUGUAGUUAGAACUUAGCUAAGCUAGUUUUGCUGUAAUUGACUUGAGUUAAUGAUAUAAAAUAUACAAGAUUGAACUACAGAAAAAAAGAUUUAUUUAGUAACCAAUAAUUUUCUCUUGAUCUACUGCAUGCGACUAAUACAAAAGUUUUGUAUAUUUUAUUUCGAUUAGUUAUUUGUGCUUGUUGUACCUUGUUGUUUAUUGCACUCACUUCAUAAAAUUUAUAUGACAUUGUUUUAACCAAUCUAACCCUGUUUGUUAUCGUUUUAAAUAAAACAUGGACUUUUU